AUGGGGGGGGUCCCGGGGGGCGCCGCCGGCAGCAAGAAGAAGACGUGGAACUUCAUCCACGAGAAGAUGAGCUACGACACGUUCUUCACUAUGAAGCGUCUGAUCGAGCGCUCGCGGCGUCCUGACGAGGUUCUGCGCUGGGUCACCCAGAACCCCGCCAAGAUCUCCCACAACCACUACCCGGUCGCCCUGCAGAAGAUCGGUCAGCUGCUACAAGCCACGCCCCCUCCACGAGGAGGGGGGGGCGACCCCGACGCCGAGGCUUCAGGAGGAGGAGGAGCAGCAGAGGGAGGUGACGGGCGUGAGAUCCUGGAGCAUCAGGACUUCCACACGCUUUGUAACGCCAUCGUCAACGACUGCGCCAAGUUUGACAACUUCAGCAUCGUCAACUGUCUGUACGCCGUCGCCGCACUCGGUCUACCCAGUGACUCUCAGGUGGUCCAGGUGUUGGAGGCAGAGUCUCAGUCCAGACUGAACCAGUUUAACCAGAAGGACGUGUCCAUGGUGUUCAGCUCCAGUAUGAAGCUCCACAUGGGCAGCCAGCACCCUCUGACCGAGGCCUGCCUGGCGGGCCUGGAGAAGAACCUGGAGAGAGAGCGCCACCCGCAGACGCUGUUCCUGCUGCUCUCGUACUACAGACUCAAGUGGCGCUCGCUGCAGCAGCAGGACCCCUCCUCUGCAGCAGGGGGCGCUAACGCUGCCACCGCUAACAACAACAACACGCCUCCAAACCCGGAACAACUGCUCGCCAACAGGAAGAUCCUGCGUCUGGUCAAACACACUCUGGUGAGUGUGAGUGGUGUUCGUGACCAGGAGAUGGCGCUGUUGGACGAGAUGCUGGCAGCGUGCGUUAGGGAGGCGAGCAACAAGAGUCUGGAGCUGAUCUUCAGUUCUCACCUGUUCUACCAGAACCGCCAGGAGAGGUUCAUCAGCAGCCUGGCAGAGGAGUUGCCUAAGAAGGUGGACAGCAUCACUCCCUACACGAUGGCUUUGAUCGCCAAAUACAUCGCUCGCCAUCGACUGAGAGAGACUCGACUGCUUGACACCAUUGCAGACUUUCUGGUGAAGAAGGCAGAGUACCUGGACAGUAAGGUGAUCCAGAAGCUGGUGUUCCCGUUCAGCAGGAUGAGUUACCGUCCGUCCAAUGAGCAGCAGUUCUUCUCUCGGUUGGAGGAGGUGGUGGAGCUUAAGGCGCUCAGCUCGCCACUUGCCACCGUCAACAUCCUCAUGUCUCUGUUCCAGCUGGGACACUUCCCCGGCCUGGUGCUGCACCGAGUCUUCUCCUCCGCCUUCAUUAGCAACGUCACCAACAGUCCGUACGCUCUGAUAGUCCGGCGGUACCUCUCUCUGCUGGAUGCUGCUGUGGAGCUGGAGUACCGAGAGUACACCGGACCACGACUGCAGGACGCCCACAAGGUCCUGAUGUUUGACCACGCACUGACUGCUGAUGAGGUCAACCGCAAGUACAGUUAUAAAGGUCUGGUGGCUGAGGCUCUGCGACAGCUGGUUGGAGAACAGAACUACAAACAGGAUGAAGUACUGGCCCCGGGAUACUACACAGACUUCGUGUUGUGGGUGGACUCCUCUGGUCGGGUUCUACCCAUCAGAACCGGAGCCGGUCUGGCUCUCGGCAUCGUUCCUCCGUCCUGCGUCGCGUCCAAGUCAGCUGAUGAUGCGGUUGCCGUGGUGACUUCAGAGUUCCAGACGUUCUCUCCGUUCACGCCGCUGGAGGAGGGAGCCGAGCAGCCGUGUCAGGUGGGCGAACCAGUGGGCGGGGCCAUGGAGUCCAGGUCCUUCCUACCUCACCACAUCCGCGGCCCGGCGGAGGUCAUGGCCCCUUCAGGACCCCCCCGGCCCGGCACUAACGGCGGCCCUUAUGGCCCCUACUACGUCCCUGCUCCGGAGUACUACUCCAGUCUGGCAAAGGAGCACUCUCUGGAGAGCCAGGACAGCUCCACACUCAGCAGCCCCCCCUCUGACAGCCUGGCCCCCACCGGGGUCCAGGGACCUCCAGGGUCCGUGGCCCCUGACUCUCUCUUUCAGUUUUCCAUUGGGAAGAUCCUGGAGGAUGAGGGGGCCCCCCCGGGGGGCCAGCUGCCGGGGUUCUACGAGGGGGCGACAUACUCUGAGGGGCCCGAUAGAGGACCCCCAUCGCCACAGCUCCACCCCGACAGACCCGAUGCUGACAACCCCCCAACAGACCAGAGACCGAUCAGGAGGGUCAUCAUGUCCGUCAAUGAUAAGUGGCAUUACUGCCACAACUCGGAGGUUCUAGUCGGUUCUCGGGCCAUGAGGGACCGACACCUGAGGCUGCUGGGAUACAUCAUCGUCCAGCUGCCGUACCACGAGCUGGAGAAGCUGAACGGCAUCGAGGAGGUGAAGCAGUACCUUCACAAGAAGCUGCUGGACGUCCCACUAUGACGCUCUGUGUGUGUGUGUGUGUGUGUGUGCGUGUGUGUGUGUGCGUGUGCAUGGUCUCACGGCUGCUUCUGGUCUGUAGUCCUGGUUCCUGGAGUCGGAGCCCUGUGAUUGGUCGGAAGUCCUGUCUGUCAAACUGCCUGUUGAUUCAGAUUACAUCACUGAACCUGAUCAUCAAUGAGUCGACAGGAAACUGAACCAGUUAAUCAAAGGUCAUGAAAAUAGAACAGACUGAGCUCACAUCAUUAAUGUGCAGGUCGACUCCAACUCCCAUCAGGCUGUGCAGCUUUUUAAAGGACCAUGCUGCUGUCUGACCGUUUUCCAAUCAUCAUCAUUUUUCAGAUUGAUCUUUGUUCUAUAAAGUCCAUCAGGGAGUCAAACACCAUCCACACUGUUCAGUUCUCAGUGAAGUUACCAGGAGAACAGUUGUACUUAUACAUCGGAGCCUUCAGCUGUACUCUGAGAAUAUUAAUCUAAUGUUUUGGCCCAAAACAGUGAAACGUUGUCUGAAGAAUCUGUGCUAUAGAACAUCUUUGUUCUAUUGAGGUCCUGCAGCGGUGCGUUCAUGGACUCUAACUAAAGAAUGAGAUCUGAAAUCUCAAUCAGCAAACAUGGAUGUUAUGAAUUGUAAAGCGCCCUUGAACGCACCAUCAGGCUCCGGGGUUUGUUUUGGAACCGUGUCAGACUGUGGGGAUGAACAUCUCUUUUUAUUUGGGGGGGUCUGUUUUUAUAGAGUUUGGUAACGAUGAAGAUGCAUGUGCGGGACUGGUUUUGGGGUUAUCACUGUUUUAUAAAUCCAGAUGAUGAAGCUGGGAGAGCAGGGGCUGAUGGGUAAUGUAGUUCCUUUUUGAGUGCACACAAAGGGAGGGGGAGAGUUACCGUGGUAACACGGUGAGCGUGCCAAAGGACUGAGUGGGUAGUGAAUGUGGGGGUCAAAGGUCAGAUUAUUUAUUGGUGUUUGAGGGGAAAGAAGCUUGUUUAUAUUCUAUAAAUCUGUUCAUUCAAAUGUCCAUAAAAUCUGGAGCUGAAACUGUGUGGCGUCGUUAUUUUCACUCCUUGUCGUCAUGACGACCAGCAGACUGAGGCGUCACCGUGAU